ACGGCCCCUUGGUCUGUUUGUUUCUCUGUCUAAGAUAUACUUUUAACUCUUUGUCUUUGGUUGUUUGUUAAAAAAAGUUUGUUUCUCUGUCGACGGUUCCAAUUUUUGACAAAUUUGAAACUAAAAUAAUAACAAGUUGUCAUUGAAAUUGAAUUUGAGGUUUGAACUUUGAAGUCAAGCAAUGGCUUUACCAGAAGCACAACCUGCUGAAGUUCUUCGUGCUUGGCAAAAGGAUGAUCUAUAUGAAAAACAACUCGCUGGCUCAUUAGCAAGACUUGUUCCACCACAACAUGCAUCCAAAGCUGUUCCUAUAUCUUCACUACUGUACAAGUCAUUUACAACUCUCAAAGAUUUACAAACUCUUGGAGAAGAAUAUUCUGGAAUAGUUCAAGUAGACGAAACCUACCACAAACUGCCAUCGUUCAGUAGUAGACUUCUAAGCAUUUUACUUUCAGCAUUUGGUGAAAAUUUAACGAGAAGAUUGCUAAGCAACAUAGAAAAACAAAUUGAACACAAUGCAACAUUAAGACCUGAAGCACAGAAUAUAAUUUUAGUUGUUUUAAAAGCUUUGAAUAACAUAGUACCUCAAAUUGAAAGUAUACAUAGAGCUUUAUCUUAUAUAACUGGGGGACCGCUGCAAAUUGGUAAAACUGUAACAGGAAUUAAUUAUGUUCAUGUGAGACCAGCAGCAGCAGCAUAUUACGCUCAUUUAAGGUUGUUAGGUUUUGUGACUUUGUUGCAUGCAUUUAUUUCUUGUGGACAAAGUUUUUAUCAAGCUAAGAAACAUAUGGAUGAUAUGAAAGAAUUUCCUAAUGAAGUAGAUAGUAAUAAAUCCUGUAUAGCAUGUUUGGAAGAGAUGAUUCAACCCUGUGCUUUAAUAUGUGGUCAUUUGUUUUGUAUGAAUUGUUGUUAUGGAGCUCUUGAAAGCUGCCCUUUAUGUAGAACUCCCUUUGCAAAGAACACUGUUGUGCCAUUGUUGAACUAUCAUCCAGGAGCUAUGUAAACCCCAAGUUAGUAAGACAAUAUAUUUGAGGUUGUAUUCAAUUGUUAUUAAUAUUUUAGGUAAUAAAAGUUUUUCAUUGUCUAUGGGAACGUAUUAAAGUUUACGUCAGAAGGCUGUGCAUGAGUAGGGUCUUUGCCAGAUGUCCUUACAAUAAUAAAUAUGUAAAUAGAAUAUUAAAAGAUAUAUAAAAUCGGCUCUGGCUAUUUGUAAUGCAGUUAUUCUUUCAUUUGCUGUCUAAAUCUAGGACUCCAUUUCAGUCAUUUUUUUAUGCUACUGUUGUUUUGAGGUCAUUUAUUUUACGUACCACUUCUCGUUGGUCUUAUAAGAUGGUUGAUAGUGUUGUUAUCAUUGAUGUCCAAUCGGCUAUUACAGCCACUGCCUAUGAUGGAGUGUCUGAUUUUCCUUUCUUUGGAUUUAGGAUAAGUUUCUAUGCAGGGAUUUUUUGAGAGAUCUGGUUGUGGGUAUCAUUUCUAUGAGUUUCAUUCCUAUAUCAGAUGUUGGAAUGAGUGUAGUGGCGCUGUCUUCUAUAUCAUUGUUAUUGCCAUCAUUGUUAAAUCUUCAUCAGUCUUAUUAUCUGCUGUCUAGGAAUAAAAUAUGCAGGAACAUCAAAAUUAUAUGAAUCAAAACAAUAAAGAUACACCAAAGGCAAGCAAAAGGCCCAUGGAGAAUUGAUUAUUUAUGAAAUAUAUAUGUAGUUCUAUGAGAUAUGCAUUCUGUUAUUAUUAACAUGAGAAUAUACAAAUAGUGUAAUUAGGCCAAGAUUAUUAUCUCAAGGUGCUUCCCACACAGCAGUUACAUAACGUUAUACAACAUUGUGUAGCAGGAUAACAUGUUAUAACAAUGUAUAACAUUUUGUUACAUGUUAAGAAUGUUAUAAACACUCCUACACUGUAUAUCUCAUUGUAUAACAUUUUGUAACCAUUAGUUUGGGUCUGCUUAUAUAUAUACAACAAAAGUUAAAAUUUGUUGUAAAACAUUUUGUUACAUGAAGUUGUAUAAUAUCACUAACAAUUUAUGUUUGUUACAAUUUGUUAAAAAUAGUUAAAACAAAAAAUGUUAUGCAACAUUUUCUAACAUUAUAUAACUGCUGUGUGAGAUCACCUUCAGAUACAAGUGAAGAUAUAAAUUGUCUGUUUUAUAUUUAUAAUAUAGUGUUAUAAUAUUAUUAACUUUUUUAGUAGAUUUAAAGGAUAUAAAGGCUGUUAAAUAAAAAAAAAUAUAUGCAUUA